AUAAUAGAUAAUAGAUAUGAAGGGAGGUAACGUAGUAGAAUAUCCAAGGUUGAAAGAGAAAGAGAAAGAGAAAUGGGUGCCCUAGAUCACAUCUCAGAGCUGUUUGACUGCUCCAACACGAGCUCCAAGCUGAAGAAGAAGAGAAAGCAGUUCCAGACGGUGGAGGUGAAAGUGAAGAUGGACUGCGAAGGGUGCGAGAGAAAGGUGAAGAAAGCGGUGGAGGGGAUGAAGGGGGUCAGCCAAGUGGAGGUGGAUCGCAAAGCCAGCAAGGUAACUGUCUCCGGCUACGUUGAACCCUCCAAGGUCGUCUCACGCAUCGCUCACCGCACCGCCAAGAGGGCCGAGCUAUGGCCUUACGUCCCCUACGACGUCGUCGCCCACCCCUACGCCCCCGGCGUCUACGACAAGAAAGCUCCCUCUGGUUACGUUCGAAACGCUGAGGUCGACCCUCGCGUCUCCAACCUCGCACGUGCCAGCUCCGCUGAGGUCAGAUACACCACCGCCUUCAGCGACGAAAACCCCGCCGCAUGUGUCCUUAUGUGAUCCUCAUCUCCUCAUCACCUCAUCAUCAUCCUCCAUCUUAUGUAUAUUAAAGUCCUGUUUAGAUUCUCAAUGCUUCUACUUUUAUCAAUCAAUAUAAUUUCAUAAUUACUAGUACUGUGUUUUUCUCCACUGCUAGCAACUUUUAUGAGAGAGAAAAAAAAAAAAAAAA